GUCAGGGGAAAGACCUUUUUUCGAAAAUAUUUAAUAAAACUUGUGUAGUGUUGAUUUUAUUCUAAGAAUGAUCCUUUUAAAGGGGAUUUUUAUUACGUGAAACAGUGGUCUCUAUUAAACAGUGGUCUCUAUUAAAUGAAGAUUGAAUAUUAUUAUCAUUUCAUUAUAUAAAUUACUUACAUAAAUACUACAUUAAACAUUACUAUUUGUAAUUAGUUAUCAAAUAUAAAACCAAGUACGUUUGGAGUUGUAUAUUUCGUUACAUUGAACCUUAAUUAAUGUCCUUUGCAUCAUUUUGUAAUACUUAGUUCAUAUUUUAAAACCUUCCCACCCUCACAUUCAUCAUAAAUGCAUGAACAUCGACUUACACGUAAAGAUCAAUACUGUCUUUGUUAGACUUGUCCUUGUGUAGUGAAUAAAUCAUUUUCCUUUCUGUUCCCAGCUUACCGAUUGCGUGGAUGUACUGUCAAUAUACAUUACAAUGCCGUAAUAGAUGUGACAAAUGUUUUAAUUAUUAUUUAUAAGAACCGGAACUACCAUAGAAUGAAGGGGUUUCACAAAAACGGUAAGUUUACACAUCCAAACGUCAAUCGUAUCCAGAUCGCACUUAAUACAAUAUAACAUUUCUACCUUUAUGAAUUAUGAAUUGUCCCUUUGAUUGUCUACAAUAUUCUGAAAGUUGUUUCACUUUUAGGUGAAUAUCUUAGACUUAUAAAUUUACAGCAAUAUGAUUUAUGUUUGAUAUUGGAUGAUUGUCAUUUCUACUGUUAAUGCUACGCAAUCAAAAAGGAAAUAGCAUGUUACUCCGAAUGGAAUUCUAGGCUUUAAAUCUAUUAACUGUUCGUUAUUAGAGGAAACGUCAGAAAGUACAUCCCGCGAGGUCAUUUUCGUGAUUAAGUAAAUUUUAUUUCAUUGUUAUUGGUAGUACCAUCAACUGCAUACCCACGCCUGUGACAGUAUAUAUUGAUAUAAUCAUUGACCUUGGGACUGGAGGAUCUCAUCCCGAGGGAAGGGGAUGGAGUGGGUGGUUGUAUCCCGAGGGAAGGGGGUGGAGUGGUUGGUUGUAUCCCGAGGGAAGGGGAUGGAGUGGUUGGUUGUAUCCCGAGGGAAGGGGAUGGAGUGGUUGGUUGUAUUCGUGCCAAACACGAGGCUUGCCAAGUGUUUUGCAUCUUAGGAAUUCCUACCUUGAGUUUAAUUACCCCAAUCAUGUUCGUAAAACAUCUUACUAAACAAACACAGUUACUAAUAGAAACAAAUAUUUAUUUAAAAAAAAAAUUGCUGUACAUUAAUAUUGUAUUUGAAACGAGUCCAUGAUUUAAACACUUAGAUAAUAUUUGGUGUAGUUAAUCUUUUUGAAAUAUUCACUGCGGAAUCCUCCAGCAAAUGUCGAAAAUAAUGUUGUAUUUAAUUGUUAAUGAAUUGAAUAUUAAGUUGCGUAUUUUGAAACCAGUGGUUUGUGGGGUCCUGACAUUGGUGUUUGGCGCCCUGCUGUUAAUGAUGAAUCACAAGUACAGCCACGAUUUCAAAUCCGCCCUAACGAGCCUGUCCGCCAGACAACUUGGCUGUGUUUGUCCUAAUGUAUCGGCAGAGAGCGACAGACAAGUAGGACAACCGCCAGCUGUGCUACCUGUGUUCUGGCAGGGGGAUAGUGAUCAUUCAUUCCAUAAAGGAGACGACAAUACAGUAGCACGAGACCUAGAGGAGAAGGUGAGAGUGUUAUGUUACAUCAUGACUAGUCCAGCUAGUCUGGACACGACAACCAUCCACGUGAGAAACACGUGGACAAAACGAUGUAACAAAGUUUUGUUUAUCAGUUCUGUCACAAACACUUCGUUCCCGACCAUCGGUGUCAACAUCAGUGAGGGUCGUCAUCACCUUACCGGCAAAUCCAUGAAAGCGUUUCAAUACAUCUACCAACAUCACCUGGACGACGCUGAUUGGUUCCUGAAGGCGGAUGAUGAUACCUACGUCAUACUGGAAAAUCUACGUUAUCUGUUAGAGCCAUAUUCGCCAAAUGACCCGGUUUACUUCGGACAACAUUUUAAACCUUAUGUAAAGCAGGGGUACUACAGUGGAGGAGCCGGAUAUGUCAUGAGUAAAGAGGCUCUGCGCAGACUCGUGAUAAAAGGGAUUCCUUCCGGAAAAUGUACAAUCGAUGGGUACGGGGAGGAUCGCCAUAUGGGUGGCUGUAUGGAGUAUGUAGGAGUGAGAACGGCCAACAGUACAGACUCGUUGGGAAGGAGCCGAUUCCACUGUUUCCCUCCUUGGAAGCAUUUAAUGGGACAAUACCCAGAAUGGUAUAUACAGUACGACGCCAACGGAGCAAAAUCUGGUCAGGACAGUGUCAGUGAUUACGCUAUAUCCUUCCACUACGUACCACCAUGGUUAAUGUAUGGGUUGGAAUACCUAGUGUACCACCUACGACCUUACGGAAUCAAAAUGGCGGAGAGUGAAAGAGAAAAUAAACAGUUAUAUUUGUAAGAAUCUUUAUAUAGGUAUCUGCGGAUACCAGGAUACUCUAGUGGUGUUUAGGGGACAUUGAGGAUUUGUCUAGACUACGAUAACUGUAAUAUGGCUAACUACCCCACUAUUAACUUUAACAAUAGGGAUACCAUUAUGUCUAUCAUUUCCCCAUCUCGUCUGUCAUAUUUUUCUCUGGCCCAAUUUCAUCACCCCGACUUCAGUUGUUGAUUUUAACUGAUUUUGGCCCAGGACUCACUGACGAGUCCGGUAUAGACCAAAGUACUCGUGUUCAUAUUAAAAAGUUACUGCU